AUGUUCGGAAGCCGUUGGCGCCUGAGCGCCUCUUCGGUCUCCUCAAUCAUCUUGCGGACCAUCUUCAAUUACGGCAUAUUUAUGGGAAUCAUCUGCUUUUGUGUGAAAAACAAUGGCACCGAUGGCCGACUGGUGGCCCACAAACUGCACCGCUUCAUCGACGUGUUGAAGAUACCGCAUUUGAAGAUAAUCAUCUGCAGUCGAUUGCUGAUCUGCCUGAUAUGCGCCAUUGUCACAAUGGUGAUGCAGUUGUGGCAUGAAGAACAAGUGCUACGUGUCGUCAACAGAUUUCUGCGACUAUUUUGGCGAGUGAAGAUGCUACCGAGUUACCACGAUGUAGGCUUUGGGGACAAGUGGCUGUUGCUGGUCGUAAAGGUGUUCUGUCUGCUGUAUGAGCUGUGCUACAAGGCUCCAGAGGUGAUCGAUGAACACAACAUAUAUUUCGCAUUAGGUGUACUUUGCGAAUUAUAUAACUUGGUUAAUGCUGCAGUGAUAUAUCAUGUCUGCUUCGUGGCUUACCUCAGCAUUGGUCUGCUUUACGACAAGGUCAACGGUUAUGUGCGAAAUGAGCUGCGCCAACAGCUAAAGGUCAUUGCUAAUGGCCACAUUAGUCGGCGGCAGCUGAAAGAAGCUGGAAUUCGCAUGGACGAGUGCCUGGCCAUCUACGAUGAGAUCCACCAAGUGGGCAACACUUUUAAUCGACUUUUUGAACUACCUUUCUGUAUAAGCCUAAUAUUUGGUCUCUUGGGCCUGGCGCUAGUCAUCUUUUUCAUUAUGUUUAACGUGGACAGAGCGAUUAGUUUGUGGUUCUUGGGCCUUAAGAUCUUAUUAGAUAUUUUGCUCUUGACCCUGUCUGUUCAUGGAGCGAAGAACAGUUCACUGGUCGUACGGAGGCUCAGCUUGGAGAAUUACUAUGUUGGCGAGAACAAAGAAUGGCACAUGAAGAUGGAGAUGUUUUUGAACCGUUUGAAUUAUCACGAGUUUCGCGUGUGUCCUUUCGGACUAUUUGAGGUAUCCAAUGAGCUGAUUUUGAUGUUUCUGUCCAGCUUGAAAGAGAACUGUGCCGUUGUCGUGGCCUGCAACAGAGAGACUGAGAUCUUGGUUACUCAGACGGAGACGAAGACAGAGACGGCGACUGAGAUUGCGAUUGGGAUUGAGAUCAGUGUAUUGGGGGCCUGUGUGCUGCUCCAGAUGCGUGCUCCCUAUGUGCCUCCGCUAAACUCCAACAACAACAACAACUCCAACUGCAACUCAAACUCAAAGUCAAAGAAUUGGCACGAGCUGAGCACACGUCGCCAUCGUCGUCAUCGUGGCUCCAUGGACAUGGGCAUGUGA